GGGAAGAAGAUUGAACAUAACCUUUUUUACUUCAAGAUGUGAAAUGAAAUUUUAAACAGUUGUAAUGGUCCAAUUUUACUCUAGGCUUACUAUUCUCUUUUGUGGGGUGUUUUUCGGCUACCUAAUCGCUAAAUCUUGUAUUCAUAUCACCAACAAAAUCAGUCCUGAGAAGUUAGUGAAAUAUUCCUUGUCCUACUCCCGAUGGUUUGCAAGUCAAAGAUUCACCAGAACAACCCUGCAAUGGGAUACAUUAAGAUACAAUAACUCUCUAAAAUCUGUGAUAGAAUCUGAUAUCCUUCGUUCUAAGAUAAAUGUACAGUGUGUUGUUCUUGUUCACAAUGAAAAAAAUGCAAAAGCUUGUAAAGCUACUUGGGCAAAAAGUUGUAAUCAUGUUAAGCUUGUGCAAGUGAAAACAAAGACCAAUAAGCCAGUUGCUAUCAAGAAAACUAAAGAAAAUUCUUCUUGGGUGCUGCUCUGUCAAACAUUGAUUGAAUUAGCAAACUCCUCUGAUUGGAUAAUGGUGGUUAAUGAUAGCACUUUCGUGAUUAUGGAGAAUCUCAGGUAUUAUAUAGCACCUCUGAAUGCUGACAAAAAGUAUUAUUUAGGGUAUGCUGUAGCUUUUUGGAGCACUAUUUACAAUUCUGGUCAAGCAGGUUAUGUAUUAAGUAGAGGUGCUUUGGCAGCUUUACAAAAUAAAUUCAGCAGAAUGGAUUGCUCACUGAAUUCAUUUUGGAAUAGAGAAGACUUUUAUUUAGGAAAACAUUUAUCCAUGGUGAAUGUUACUCCCAUGGAUACUAGAGACCAUGAUGGGUAUUCUAGGUUUCAUCCAUACUCUUGGCACCAAGCACUAUUUCCAGGGGAAAAUUACUAUAAGACAAGUGUUUUCCCCACUAAAUGUUGUAGUAACACCUCAAUUUCUUUCCAAGCUAUUCAAGGUGAUAAAAUGUAUACAUUCCAUUACCUUCUUUAUGUUUUACAAAUUUUCACUGAUGGGCAUUUAGGUAACAGGGCACCAGAACCAUUUGAUGAUAAACAGGUGUUGAAAAACUUUUUGAGAGAAAGAAACAUUCCAUAUGAUAAUGUAACAAGUGAAGAGUAUUAUAAAAUUUGGGAAAGACUGAUUGAUGACCCAACAUCUUUUUCUGCCAACAUGAGAAGGGAAGAUUACAUAGCAUAUGACUGAAGCUCUAUUUUUUAUUUAUUAAGUUUUGUCCCUUUUAUAUAAAUUUACCUACCAAGAUUUUAUAUUUUUGAUAAGAAAAAUAAUAUAUUGAAGUUUGUAUAAUUGUUG